UCUUCUUACGACUAGCUUCGUUGGUAUCGCUCCUGAUACUGAUAACUCAACUUCUCUGCUCCCACACCCGCACCCACUGCAUGCGCGUGUAUAUAAGGCAGCUAUCCCCUCCACCAAAUCAUCACAAGCCACUAGACACUUGCAUCUGCCAAAGAUCGAUCAGUUGCUAGGCAAACCAUUCUAGCCUACAACACCAACAUUUUCCAAUACAUAGAGUUUCUGUUUCUCAUUCGUAGGCAUCCAGCAACCCCAGCAGCAAGCCAUGAAGCAAAAGAUUGUCAUCCAGCUGAGCAUGUCGUGCGACAAGAGCCGGGCCAAAGCACUGACGAUGGCCGCCAGAGCAGCCGGGGUGACGUCCAUGGGGAUAAUCGGCGACGCGAGGGACCAGCUGGAGGUGGUCGGCGACGGCGUCGACCCUGUGUGCCUCGUCAGCUGCCUCCGCAAGAAGCUCGGCCACGCGCACAUCAUCAAGGUGGAGGAGGUGAAGAAGCCGGAGGAGAAGAAGGAUGAACCGAAGCCGGCCGUGCCGACGUACCCGCCGCCGUACUACUACCAGCCCAGCUACUACCACCACCAGUACCAGCCGCCGCACAUGGUCGUCUGCGAGGAACAGCCCAGCAACUGCCGGACCAUGUAAUUGCCAGAGUAGUUUAAUUUUGUCAGCAUGCAGCUAUAUUUACAUAGUUACAUGUACACGUGUUUAUUGAUUCAUUGGAAGAAAUAAAAAGGAGAGAGAUGCCAUUCUGUGA